GUGGGUGUACUCAUUGUAUACUACACGAGUACUUACAACAUGAAAGCGUUCGAUCUUAAAAUCAGUAUGGAUUACCAAUGUUUUAGACUUUCAUUAUCCACUCCUUUUCCUGGUUUGCCUAAGGUUGCUUUGUAAGUUUGUCUAGUGGAACGUCAGCUGCUAAUUCUAGCGACAACUUUAUUCUGCAGAAAUCCAACAGAGAAAAGAAAACGUCCCGCAAUAUCGAGCAGUGAGCAUCAAUAAAUCAACAAAUUUACAUGAAACCAUCCCGAAAAAUCGGAUUUUGAGUACUGAGAUUACGUCUUUGUAUGCAUCAAUUUGACUGAACUUUCAACUUCCAAAAUGUGUUGUUUUUGAAUUUCUACUAAUGAGCACACUUACUUGAUGCCUUGUUUACAAAUAUGGACAAUAAUCAUAUCCAUUGUUGUGAUAAUUGUGAACUACAAUGAAAGUCUUCAUCUCAAAAAUGUUGCACUAAUUGGUGGCUAUGUUGGUUGUUUAUAUCAGAGUGUUUGUUUAGAGGGAGAGAAAUGUUAUGACGACUCUUUGUUUGGAAGGUGUGUCAAAAAGAAUGUUGAAGAAGAAAUACUAAUCUCUGGUCCUUACCAAAAACCGACAUUGCAGUCUCUUCUUCCAUCACACAGACCAGAAAAUAUUGAUUGGUCUGAUACAACUCUGCAAUGCUUGAUAAGAGCAACAAUUCUGAUGUCCAAAACUGAGACAAACUUUGUUGAUGCAAAAUCGUUUUGUUUAAAUGGACAUAAUGAAGAUGUUGCUGAAGACUUAAUACUUAGUCGAUAUGACAACUAUGACAGUAACGAGAAAGUAGAUAAAGAACUCAUCCAUAUACUACCUACUCUAUUAAUAUCACCAUCUUUACACUCCUCGACACCUAUCAAGAAUAAUGCUAUUGAUGAUCAAUUCAAACGGCAGUAUGUAAAACGUAAAGCCCCAAUAAAUCGAGCAUAUCCAAACUAUAUAUUUAAUAACCCCCUGGAAACACCAAGCUCUUAUUAUGAGCCAUUGCCUAGAACCAUUGGUGAAAAUUAUGACCAGUGGACGGAUGCUUAUGGUAAAAAUGAAGCAAUAAAUACAGAAAUGUAUAAUGAAAAUCAAAUGAACGAUUUCAGUCAACGAAUUCAACAAAUGAUACCUUUGUCGGAAAAUUUAAGAGGAGAAGAGUCAAACUAUGAGAAUAAGCAAGUUGAUAGACAUCAAUUAAUGGAUGAUACAUCACAGAGAAAAGAUAAUGAGAUAAUAACGGAGCCGAAAUUAUAUCAAUAUUACAAUCUAAUACCAGAUAUAUUUGAUGCACCGCUUCAGUAAUGUUUCCUGCCGAAUAAGCAUACAGGAUUCAGUUUUCUUUUAAAACUGACUAAUUCUACAGGCUUCAACUUCCAAUCAGAACUUUAUAAAAUGUAUCUAGAAUUAUUGAACAACAAACAAUGAACUUUAUUAAAAGUUGAUGCAUGUUAAUUUUAGUUUUACAUGUUUCAUCUGAAUAAAUUAAAUAAAUGAAUAAAGACCAGCUACCACGUUAUGAUGUAUAGAAGGUUGAAAAGUGUUUAUCACUGAAAUUUAUUACCCUGGUUCAGAAGUCCCUGUUUUCUGCAACAAAAAAGAAACGAAUGAUAAGGAAGAGGACUCAUUUUCAAUACCGAUUUAGCAUCUCAGAGAAAAUGCUGUCUGAAGUAUCUACACUGGAAACAGUUACUCCUAGGAUAUAAUUUUGUAUCAUAAUUACGUCAAGCAAUAGAUGAGUUAGUUAGAAACAUUAAAAUCCUGUUAUGAAUAUGCGUGAUGAAUCGAUAUACACAAUGCGUCUAUAUACAAAAGAUUCUAUGAUGAAUUGGUCAAAUUAAGCUUAGUGGAUGAGAUUACUAUGACAAAUACAGUGUAGGCAGACAGAUGAGUUAAACCAGUAACAAUCAUGUAGGCGUUAUAUUACUUUUCCUAUUUCUUCUCUCAUUUUUCCACUUCUCUGUUUUUCUCUUUCUCUCUCUCUCUGUCCUAAUAACUCUCCCUUUUCCUCUCUUCCCUACCACUUUAUCUUUUCUCAUGUUUACGCAAAUAAAACUCCUAAAUAAAUUAUUUACAAGGUCCUUUAGCCACAUAUUCUUCUAAAAAUAACAAUAGACAAUACUGGGGACUACUAAGGUUUCAUGAAAGAUAUGUCACAUGCCUGAUAAAAUAAAAAUCAAUAAACUCAAACAAAAGUUACCCUUGUAAGCAUACUCUUCUCAUGAGUCACAAAAGACUUUUAAUGUUACUCCUUUUUCUGAUUACAUGUGAGUAAAUUAAAGAACUCAAUAAGGAACCAUUGGAAAGCUCUAUAUUAGUUAUUGUAAAUUCUUUUGUAGCAACGUGUAUAUCUUAUCUGUAAGUCAAAUAAAUUUAGAAACGGUGAAUAUACAGACAUUGUAAUCUUUGUCAGUUUAUAUUUUUAGAUGGUAAUAAACAUUUGGGAAACUGAUAAAGACAUUAGUAUUAGUUAGCAAGCAUUUGCUUUUGCGCACUUUAUAUUGGGCUGAAUAGUUAGAAAACUGCAGUAAGGAUUCAGUUACAUCAUAGACUUACAUAGAGUGAAGUAGACAUUUGAGGAAUAUCAAGGUUCAUUGCAUGUUUUCGAAAAUGAUUUUAGAAUAAACCACUAAUUUUAGUUGAACAUAUUAGGACUUUU